AUGAAUAUGUUGAAAUUAGAAUCAUCAAAUGGUCCUCAAAUUAAAGAAUUGCCAGACAUGAUAGAAUCAGACAAUGAUAAUGAGUUUGAGGAUGAAUUGAGAAGCAAAAACGAGAAGGGUUUCCUCACACAAGAAGUUAAAGUUGAGAUGGACAUUGAUGAAAAUCAUUGGAAUACAAUCAAAAUUGAAACUAAUUCUGAACCAUGCCAGACUUCUCCAUGUAAAAGAGAACCUUUGGGUGGAUAUCCAGAUCAAGAGUUUGAAGAACUUGAAGAUCCAGGAAUGAUUGAUGGUAAUGUUCUGAAAACGGAGACACUUCCAAAUGAUGAAGAUUUCACUGAGGGUAUAAGUGAUCUGCUUGAAAAUGACAAAACUACAAAAGACAUUUCAGACAUAGAAGAGAGUGAACAGCAUGUUUCACAAAAUAAGGUUGAAUCUUCUGGUAGAAUGUUGAGAAGCCAAACAUCCACAAGAAGAAGAAAGGAUAUGAAUGACAGUUCAAGCAGUAAAGGAAAGAAGCUGAAGGAAAAAGUAGAAUUAAAAGAAAAACCAGCAGAGGAUCCUCCACUAUGUAAAGUUCACUAUGUUGAUAGACAUACAUCAAAGUGUAAAGUAUGUGGAAAUAUCAUCUUGAACAAGGCUCAUUUGGCUAAAGAGGAUUAUAAUCUGAAAGAAAAAGCAUUUGUCUGUGAAAUAUGUGGGGAAUAUGUACUGGAGUCACUUUUGAGCAAACACCAAAAGCUACAUCCCAUUACUCAUUUCGAUUGUGCAUUUUGUGAAGAAACAUUCACUUUCAAAUCUGAACUGAUGAAACAUUAUGACAAGCACAUUAAAAAGAAACCAGAAUUGUCAUUCCAAUGUGAAUAUUGUGGAAAGAAAUUCCCACAGGAGUAUAAACUUAAAAGACAUACUGUGAGAAAACACUCAUCCCUAUCAUCAAUGAAGACAUGUUGA